AUGCCACCACGGGUACGCCUCUCGGGUGGCCGAAUCCCCCAGCCGCUGCGGCAACACAGGCUUCGUCAAUAUUACCUGCCCAUGGCGAUCAGAUGCGCUACUACUGCCGCAACAGCAACAAUGCCAAAUCCAUCGAUUGAGCAGAUGACGAAAUCUGCUGUCCCUAUCGCUAAAUAUUCUCCGUCCCAACCUCCUUCGCAUCGCAAUCCUGAGUACCGACGGUCGCAACUGCUGCGGCAAUAUACAUCCCUCAUCCGUACGACGCCCCUAAUGGUCUUGUUUCAACAUGACAAUCUCCAAUCGGUGGAAUGGGCCGCAAUUCGACGAGAGCUAUCCAGCGCUAUGCAAAAGGUGGAUGAACAGAUUGCCUCUGACGGUCGGAACGUUCCCGCACUGGCUCCUCAUGUUAAGGUGCAAAUCAUGCAAACCAGCAUCUUUGAGGUCGCACUACGCAUUGUCGAGUAUUUCCGGCCCAACCAAGAAGCAGCGGCAGGGGGUCAAACCCUCAGUGCGGUCCAUUCGGCUACACAAACAUCGGCCGAAAGUCCUCUACUCGGAUUGAGGGACGACCCAUCUCUUACGCACGACCUCUCCCGUGCAGCUCACGAUUCUGUCAUGCACAUGAAGGGCAAGCACGAGCUCUCGACUCUUCUUAUUGGUCCUAUCGCUGUUCUCUCGAUCCCAGACGUGUCCCCAGAGCACCUGAAGGCUGCACUAACAGUGCUCGCGCCCAAGGCUUGUGGUUUCCCUGUUCCUACUCGAAAGGCUAACCCGGGAUGGCACGAGCUUCCUGUUCAGAACGGUCUGAAUAAACUGGCUCUCCUUGCCGCACGUAUCGAUGGUCAAGUGUUUGAUGCUGAUCAGACGAAAUGGGUUGGUGGUAUCCAGGGUGGCAUGGAUGGUCUGCGGUCACAACUCGUCAUGGCCCUGCAGAGUAUGGGAUCCGGUAUCACAAACUCCCUGGAGGGUGCUGGCAAGAGUCUCUACUUCACCCUUGAGAGUAGGAAGAAUAUCUUGGAAGAAGAGCAGAAGGGCCCCGAGGGCCAGAAGAGCGAUUCUUAA